CAUCCGCUCACUCAAUGACCUUUAUCUCAUUCAUACAAUCUCACAACCAGCAAUAAAUACCAUACGAAAAUGCCUGCAGACGACCGAAGCGGGAAGCAGGCCGCGGCCCAGCAGGCUGUCGACAUCUUGCAUGAGAUCUCUACCAUCCUCAACUGCCACCUGGACCGCCGCACCCUGUCGAUUUGCAUCUCCAUGAUCGAGAAUGGCGUAAACCCAGAAGCUCUUGCUACCGUUGUGAAGGAGCUUAGAAAGGAAUCCCAAGAGGUCGACGCCCAAAUUGCAUCGCGGAGGCGUCAAUAAGCGUGCUGUCUCGAACUGGGAGAGUCUGCUAUGAAAAUUACGGCAAAGGGCAGGAAGGCUAGGGAAUCAUGGACAAUAGGCGUUUCAGGCAUUC